UCGGUCCCGCCGGCAUCAUGCGGCCCCUGCUGUGCGCGCUGGCCGGGCUCGCCCUGCUCCGCGCCGCGGGCGCUCUGGCCGCUGCUGAGCCUUUCAGCACACCGCGAGGAGACUCAGCUGGGAGCUGUGACCAGCUCGUGGCUCUCCACGGCCGCUUAGACAUCAUGGAGGAGACGGUGGAGAAGACGGUGGAGCACCUGGAGGCGGAAGUGAAAGGCCUGCUGGGCCUGCUGGAGGAGCUGGCCUGGAACCUGCCCCUGGCCCCCCUCGGUCCGGCCCCUGACCUCCUCGCAGGCGAUCUCUCCUGAGCCCGAGAGGCGGAGGAGUCGGCAGCCCGAGGCGAUGCGUGCGCCCUUCCAUCCCCAGCUUUCUGUGCGGUAGAAAGCUGCUCCUUUGGUCCCCCAGCGUGUGCUGCCAGAGUGACCCCUGUAACCGCAGCCGCUUCCCACCUUCUGCAGCCAUGCCCCGGGCUCAGACCCGCGAGUCCCUGUCCAUCGGUGCGUCCGCCCUCCUGACUGGUGGGGAGAGACGGGGCAGAGUCCGGCACCUGCGGCCCUUGGGUGGUCUUGCUGCUCAGCUUGUUGCGGGUGAGCUGCCACACAUCACCUGGCCCUCUGUCAGCAGUGGAGACCCUUGGGCCCCACAGAGACCUCUGCAAUCAGAACCUGCAUUGUACUGAGACUCCUCAGGGAUCUGUGUGCCCAUAAAAUGUCCUAUUGAGGUGAAAUUCACCAUUUUGUACAAAUCCAGUGGCUUCCAGGACCUUCACAAUGUUGUGCAAUUGUCACCACCAAUUCCAGAAGAUUUUUUUGUCUCCCUCAAAAGAAACCCUGUGCCUAUUACACCGUCACUUCCACCACCACCACCACCCCCCACCACCACCCCACCCCACCCCACCCCCGGAAAUCACUCCGCUUUCUGACCCUGCACUACUCGGCACUGUUUUAGAUACAUCAUUGUAAAAUGCGUGGCUCCUGGCGCCUGGCUUUUUUCACUAAGCACGUCGUUAAGGUUCCUCCAGGCUGCAGCGUGUCCCAGCACCCCACUCCUUGUUGUGACCAGUGCUCCAUUGUGUGGGUCCACGUCUUAGUCAUUCAUUCUUCAGUUCAUGGGCCUUGGAGUUCUUGCAUUUGGGGCCCUCACAAAUAACGCUGCUGUGCAUAGUCACCUACACCUUUGUGCAGACACGCUUCUGUUCCUGUUGGGGCUGACCCCGAGGAAUGACACUGCUGUGGCAGAUGGUAGCACUGUGUGAACUUGUGGAAGGGCGGAGCCACCCGGCCAUCCUGCAGGUCAGCUGUGCCGUUUUACCUUUCCUGACCCCUCCAUAGAUGCUCUCUCUUGGGUUAAAAUGCUUCCUUCUGCUCUUCGUUUGCUGACUGCUUUUUAAACAUUUUACCUUUAUUUUUAAAGAUUUGUUUUUUAUUUAUUUGAAAGGCAGAGUUAGAGAGAGAGAAGGAGGUGGAGGAGAGAGAGAAUGUUCUGUCCGCUGGUUCACUCCUCAAAUGGGUGCAAUGGCCAAGGCUGUACCAGCCCAAAGCCAGGAGCCAGCAGAUUCUUCCAGGCCUCCCAAGUGGGUGCAGGGGCCCAAGCACUUGGGCCAUCUUCUACUGCUUUCCCAGGUGCGUUAGCAGGGGGCUGGAUCGGAAGUGGAGCAGCCGGGCUCGAACCAGCGCCCAUGUGGGAUGCUGGCACUGCAGACAGCGGCUUUACCUGCUAGGCCACAGCGCAGGCCCUUCCCCAUGUUAUUUCUUCAUGUGGAUUUGAGUUAUGUUCAGUAUCUUUGCACCUCAGCUUGAAGGUCUCUCUUGGGCAGUUCUCGGAAGGCAGGUCCA